AUGGAAUUAAUCGAAUUAUCAGAAGAUCAAAUAUUUAAAUCUCUCUUCAACGAUAAGAAGAAUCCAACUGAAAUAUGGAAGAUUGCCGUUGAUUACCCAAAACUUCGUGAACAUGCUCGUCGUAUCCUCUCCUGUUUCGGCACAACUUAUUGCUGUGAAUCAACAUUUUCACAUAUGACGCAAAUUAAAUACUGCUUGAGAUCCCAAUUAACUAACGCUCAUUUGGAAGACCAACUAAGAUUGAAGACAACGAGGCUGGAACCAAAUAUAAAAUUGUUAUCGAGCAACAAACAAUCACAGAAAAGUCAUUGA